CGUGCCCGGCUCCACUCGUCCAUCCUCGGAGAAGAGGCAGCCCAUGAGGCUCCCAGUCCCCACUGAGUGCUGCCCUGAAGGAUGUCCCAGCUCUCCUCCACCCUGAAGCGCUACACAGAAUCGGCCCGCUACACAGAUGCCCCUUACGCCAAAUCAGGCUAUGGCACCUACACUCCCUCUUCCUACGGGGCCAACCUGGCUGCCUCCUUCCUGGAGAAGGAGAAGCUUGGUUUCAAGCCAGGCCCCCCGACCAGCUUCCUCACCCGUCCCCGUACCUAUGGCCCUUCCUCAAUCCUGGACUAUGACAGGGGCCGCCCCCUGCUGAGACCUGACAUCAACGGGGGUGGUAGGCGGGCAGAGAGCCAGACUCGGGGCACUGAGCGGCCUUCAGGGAAUGGACUCAGCGGGGGCAGUGGAUUCCCUUAUGGAGUGACCAGCAACUCCCCCAGCUACCUGCCCAUGAGUGCCCGCGACCAGGUGGUAACCCUGACCCAGAAGAAGUCGAACAGUCAAUCAGACCUAGCCCGGGAUUUCUCCAGCCUCCGGACCUCAGAUAGCUACCGGAUAGACCCGGGGAACCUGGGCCGCAUCCCCAUGCUGGCCCGCACUCGCAAGGAGCUGUGUGCCCUGCAAGGGCUCUACCAGGCAGCCAGCCGCUCCGAGUACCUGGCCGACUACCUGGAGAACUAUGGUCGCAAAGGCAGCGCACCUCAGGUGCCCACCCAAGCCCCUCCCUCACGAGUCCCUGAAAUCCUCAGUCCCACCUAUCGACCCAGUGGCCGUUACACUCUGUGGGAGAAGGGCAAGGGCCAGGCCCCUGGGCCCAGCCGCUCCAGCUCCCCAGGGCGAGACACCAUGGAAAACCACUUCAGGACCUGUACCCUCAACGAUGGUCCAGCAGUGCUCCCGGAAAUGCUCAACUACCCUCUCAUACACUGCAACUCUUACCCUGUCCUUUUCCACCCAACACACCAGUGUCCCCUGCAGGCCCUACCCCAUCCUGGACUGGCUGCUGAGGCCCCCAGACCACCAGUGUUCCCUGUGAAUUCUAAGAGCGCCCAGGGUCUGGCCGGUCUUCGAAACCUUGGGAACACGUGCUUCAUGAACUCUAUUCUGCAGUGCCUGAGCAACACCCGGGAAUUGAGAGAUUAUUGCCUUCAAAGGCUCUAUAUACGGGAUCUCAGCCACAGUAGCAAUGCACACACGGCCCUUAUGGAAGAGUUUGCAAAACUAAUCCAGACCAUAUGGACUUCGUCCCCCAAUGAUGUGGUGAGCCCAUCUGAGUUCAAGACCCAGAUCCAGAGAUAUGCACCGCGUUUCGUCGGCUAUAAUCAGCAGGAUGCUCAGGAAUUUCUUCGCUUUCUUCUGGAUGGACUCCACAACGAAGUCAACCGGGUCACAGUGAGGCCUAAGCCCAAUCCUGAGAAUCUCGAUCACCUUCCUGAUGAUGAGAAAGGGCGACAGAUGUGGAGAAAAUACCUAGAACGGGAAGACAGUAGGAUCGGAGAUCUCUUCGUUGGGCAGUUAAAGAGCUCCCUGACAUGUACUGAUUGUGGUUACUGCUCUACAGUCUUUGAUCCCUUCUGGGACCUCUCACUGCCCAUUGCGAAGCGAGGUUAUCCUGAGGUGACUUUAAUGGACUGCAUGAGGCUUUUCACCAAAGAGGAUGUGCUUGAUGGCGAUGAGAAGCCAACGUGCUGUCGCUGCAGAGCCAGAAAACGAUGUAUAAAGAAGUUCUCCAUCCAGAGGUUCCCAAAGAUCUUGGUGCUCCAUCUGAAACGGUUCUCAGAAUCCAGGAUACGAACCAGCAAGCUCACAACAUUUGUGAAUUUCCCACUAAGAGACCUGGACUUAAGAGAAUUUGCCUCAGAAAACACCAACCAUGCUGUUUACAACCUGUAUGCUGUGUCCAAUCACUCCGGAACCACCAUGGGCGGCCAUUAUACAGCCUACUGCCGAAGCCCAGUGACAGGCGAAUGGCACACUUUCAAUGACUCCAGCGUCACACCCAUGUCCUCCAGCCAAGUGCGCACCAGCGACGCCUAUUUGCUCUUCUAUGAAUUGGCCAGUCCACCUUCCCGCAUGUAGCAGCGAGGAGCUACAUCCCUUUCUUCUCCCUACCCUGUGGUGGCCUCACACCCUAAGUUUUUU